AUGAGGCCAUCGGAAGAUAAGUUGGUUGAAGUCACUACCUCCAUUCGACAGGUGCAAGAUUGCCAGAAACGCGUCAGCUUUGCUAGAGAAACAAAUCAUGUUUGCGCUAGCGUAAGCACAAAGGUCCCUGGCAAUCUCUCAAACGGUGGUGGAUUGUAUUGCAAAAUCCAUCCUGAUGAUAACCAAUACUACUUAAUUGGACUUCCCACUUUUGGCUGGCAAACAACAGGCCUAUUUGCCUCCAUAUCUCCUCUGAUGCGUUAUAUUGAUACUCUAAUUGGUUUAGGUUAA